GGAGAGAAACCUUAUCAAUGUAAACAGUGUGGAAAGGCUUUCACAAAGAGGGACUCCCUCACUGUUCAUCAGAGAAUCCACUCUGGAGAGAAACCUUAUGAAUGUAAAGAGUGUGGAAAGACUUUUACCUGGAAGGGCUCUCUCACUGCACAUCAGAGCAUCCACACUGGAGAGAAACCUUAUGAAUGUAAACAAUGUGGAAAGGCUUUCACAAAGAGGGACUCCCUUGCUGUCCAUCAGAGAAUCCACACUGGAGAGAAACCUUAUGAAUGUAGGCAUUGUGGAAAGGCUUUCAUAGACAGGGGUACUCUUGCUGCACAUCAGAGAAUCCACACUGGAGCAAAACCUUAUGAAUGUAAACAUUGUGGAAAGACUUUUACCUGGAAAAUCUCUCUCACUGCACAUCAGAGAAUCCAUACUGGAGAGAAACCUUAUGAAUGUAAGCACUGUGGAAAGGCUUUUACAAAGUGGGGCAAUCUUAGUGCACAUCAGAGAAUCCACACUGGAGAGAAACCUUAUGAAUGUAAACACUGUGGAAAAGGUUUUGCCUGGAAGGUCUCUCUUGCUGUACAUCAGAGAAUCCACACUGGAGAGAAACCUUAUGAAUGUAAACACUGUGGAAAGCCUUUCACAGAGAGGAGCAAACUUGUUGCCCAUCAGAGCAUUCACACUGGAGAGAGACCUUAUGAAUGUAAACACUGUGGAAAGGCUUUCACAAAGAGGGGCAAUCUUGCUGAUCAUCAGAGAAUCCAUACUGGAGAGAAACCUUAUGAAUGUAAACACUGUGGAAAGGCUUUCACAAAGAGGGGCACUCUUGCUGUACAUCAGAGAAUCCAUACUGGAGAGAAACCCUAUGAAUGUAAACAUUGCGGAAAGGCUUUCACAGAGAGGAGCAAACUUGUUGCCCAUCAGAGCAUCCACACUGGAGAGAAACCUUAUGAAUGCAAACAGUGUGGAAAGGCUUUCACACAGAGAAUCUACAUGGCCCUUCUGGCCCUGGGGAGCUUUACAGUGGCUUUCCUGGCCAGGAACCUGCCUGACACCUUCAAUGAAGCCAAGUUCAUCACCUUCAGCAUGCUGGUGUUCUGCAGCGUCUGGGCCACUUUUCUGCCCACCUAUCAGAGCACCAAAGGGAAGGCCAUGGUGACUGUGGAGAUCUUCUCCAUCUUGGCCUCCAGUGCUGGCCCACUCCGGGCCACCAACAGCACCAGCAUCGCUGCUGACUCAGCCAAGUGGCUGCUGGUGUCCCACAGCAGCUGCUGCCCACUGACAGGGAGCCCAACACCCUCCACACUGUCUGUGCCUGGAAGAAAGCUGGUCAGGGUUCGAUUCUUUUACGCUGUGCGUUCUCUGAGACGGUGUCACACUCAGACCUCGGCCUGGAAGGCAUUUUCUGACUGGCGAGAGGAAUCCUGUAACCCGAGUCCCGGCAGUUCAAGCUGCUGGACGUGCCUAACCGUGGCGCCCAAACACAGGCACGAACCACCUAUGCCAGCGACCUCCCUGCGCAUCACCGAAUACCAUAUUGGAGCUUCCCAGCACUGA